GGUCAUCCUUCCUGUUUGUGAACACGUCGGGUCGUUACGCCGGUGAGCGUGCACAGAUGACGCUGCCCCCUCUUAGAGAGAACGACACACACUGCCUCAACUUCCUGUUCUACAGGGCGGGGGGGCGAGAUGGGGCAGCGCCCGCCACACUCAACGUCUACAUCAGAGAGAACAACAGUCCUCUGGGAAUUCCUGUCUUUAACUCGUCAGGCCCCGCCUACCACAUCUGGAAGGGGGUGGAGCUUGCUGUAUCAACCUUCUGGCCUAACCACUACCAGGUCGUGUUCGAGGCGGUCAGCAACGUCAGAGAGGAGUCCUCGCCAUCAAGGCAUCACACUUCAGGACACAUGCA